CUAGUUCAUGCACAACUUGGACGAUGGAAGCGCCCGGUUCGCAGAUCCAGGACCUGCUAGCGUCAUGGGAUGAUGCUACGGCGCCUAUAGACGCGCGUGUGAGAGAGGAUCCGCUACUCUUCGCGCCGGUAUCAGAUAUUGUCGCUAAGCGCCCCAAGAGUCCAGAAUCUGAGGCCUGUAAUGCUCUGUGUCGCCCGUGGGAACACAAGGACUUCCUAUCGCGCGUCAGCAGCUUCUCCAUCGUCUCUUGGUUCGCAAAGCCAGACGUGAUCAGUGCACUCGAGUGUUCUCGAUAUGGAUGGAUAAACUCAGCUCCUGACCAACUGUAUUGCAACUGUUGCAAGCAGUUUUUGUGCUUCAAGAUCGACGGCAAAUUGAGCGAUACUGGUGCGCUUAAAGUGGCUAAGAUAUUCGCUGGGCAGCUCGUAACGGGACAUACUCAGCUCUGUCCGUGGCGAGGCAAUCCGUCUCCAGAAGCUUUUAUGACGCUUCCUAUUGCGACUAAGCGCCAAGUGUACGAGACGUUUAUGGAUCGACUAGAAGGAUUGGUGGCUCAAAUGCACAAGAACGACGAGUUUCACAACCGAGUGAGAAGUAUUCAUGUCGUGGAUGCCGUGACAGCCAAGAUAUUAAAAGAAGCAGAUGCUACUGAAGACUCUGCAGCUACUCUUAGUACUGCAAUGCUCGCAUCAAAGCUGUCGGCGAGGAUUCCACUGCUAAACGAUGCUCCCGUCAGCUCUGAAGCGCUCGUUAACGCUGCUUUGCUGAUCACGUGUGGGUGGCAAUUUGAUGGUAAGAGCGUGGAAAUGCUAUGGUGCGGAUCUUGCAAUCGACGGUGGCAAGCAUCCCCAAAGACGGUCAGCAAGAGGAGCGAUGAAGAAGGGAGUGAACCACCUGCAAAGCGCGUAAAGGCUGACUCAUCGCAGCCCGUUGAUCUGCUGUCACAGCAUCGACACUUUUGUCCUUGGGUGGCUGGGCGUAAAUCUACUGGAGUUGAUGACUAUGGCGAGAUCGACCCGAAGCUGUGGGAGUUCAUCAAGCUGCCGGGAUGGAGGCAAUAUGCUCAGUGUUUGAGUUUCCUAGGUAAUCCGGAGGAUCGAGCUGUCGUAGCUGGGACUUCUAACGACUCGCAAGAAGUGAAAGUGUGCGAUCCAGUGGAAGCACUAGAGUCAGUACGAGCUGUACUGGGCCUUUAACGCAGUUGAAAUCAAGGUUUGUGGCUAACAGUGAGCUCGAGAAUGUCAGCAUUGAUAUACGUAUGAGAAGAUG